AUGUCUCAGGCCGUGCAGACCAACGGGACGCAGCCUCUGAGCAAGACCUGGGAGCUCAGUCUGUACGAGCUGCAGAGAACACCCCAGGAAGCCAUCACAGAUGGACUGGAGAUCGUGGUGUCCCCACGAAGCCUGCACAGCGAGCUCAUGUGUCCCAUCUGCCUGGACAUGCUCAAGAACACCAUGACCACGAAGGAGUGUCUGCAUCGUUUCUGUGCUGACUGCAUCAUCACUGCCCUCCGGAGCGGCAACAAGGAAUGUCCCACAUGUCGCAAAAAGCUCGUUUCAAAAAGGUCCCUGCGGCCAGACCCCAAUUUCGACGCUCUCAUCAGUAAGAUUUACCCGAGCCGGGAUGAGUACGAAGCUCAUCAGGAGAGGGUGCUGGCCAGGAUCAGCAAGCACAACAACCAGCAAGCCCUGAGUCACAGCAUCGAGGAGGGAUUAAAGAUUCAGGCUAUGAACAGGUUGCAGCGGGGCAAGAAGCAGCAGAUUGAGAAUGGCAGCGGGGCCGAGGACAACGGCGACAGCUCCCACUGCAGCAAUGCCUCCACACACAGCAACCAGGAAGCAGGGCCCAGCAACAAGAGGACCAAAACCUCGGAUGACUCUGGGCUGGAGCUGGACAACAACAACACCACUGUGGCCAUAGAUCCCGUGAUGGACGGGGCCAGCGAGAUCGAGCUGGUGUUCAGGCCUCACCCCACCCUCAUGGAGAACGAUGACAGCGCGCAGACCAGGUACAUCAAGACCUCGGGCAAUGCCACGGUUGAUCACCUGUCCAAGUACCUGGCAGUGAGGCUGGCCCUGGAGGAGCUGCGGAGCAAGGGCGAGUCCAACCAGAUGAACCUGGACACGGCCAGUGAGAAGCAGUACACCAUCUACAUCGCCACCGCUGCCGGCCAGUUCACCGUGCUAAAUGGGUCCUUUUCCCUGGAGCUGGUCAGUGAGAAGUACUGGAAAGUGAACAAACCCAUGGAACUGUACUAUGCCCCCACCAAGGAGCACAAAUAA